AUACAGGUAUACAAGUCACUAAUGACAUAUUAAUAGUCAUGAAACAGCAUCUAAUGGUAAAUGAUAUGUUUUCUAUUGCAUUCUUCUCUGUUUGCUUUUCAUCAGACAAAGAGCCAGUUGCAGUGGCAUGGAGUUGUCCUCGACUGAGAGGCCUUCGUCCACAAACGUCACUACAACCCUGUGUCCCAUGGUCACCACUAACGUUUCCAAAAUCACCAGAGAACCCUACUUGAAUCGCCUGGCCCACCUUGAUGAAGGACUCUACAAUGACUUCUACAGUCUAUGGAUUGCACUGUUGGUCAUCAACAGCCUUAUCUUCGUGGUGGGAAUGGUCCUCAACACGCUUGCCCUUUAUGUCUUCUGUUUUCGGACCAAGCCCAAGACCACCUCCGUCAUCUACACCAUCAACCUGGCGAUCACUGACCUUCUGGUCAACCUGUCUUUGCCCACACGCAUCAUACUGUACUACAGUGGUGGAAAAUGCAUCAACUGCUCUUAUGUGCACAUCUUCAGUUACUUUGUCAAUAUGUACUGUAGCAUCCUCUUCCUCACCAGUAUCUGUGUGGACCGAUACCUGGCCAUCGUACAGGUGGAGGCCUCGCGGAAAUGGCGCAGUCCCAGCGUGGCGAAGGUGGUCUGCGUCUGCAUCUGGCUGUUCGCUGUGGUGGUCACCUACUCUUUCCUGACCUGCUGUCUGACGUGCCUCUUCGCCCUGACCGUGUUCGAGUUCUUCCUGCCACUGGUGAUCAUUGCGGUCUUCACAGUGCGGAUCGUGUGCGCACUGGCCAGUCCUGGCCUGAUGCAGCAGAGUCGUGAGCGGAGGCGGCGGGCGGUGCAGCUGCUCACCAGCGUGCUCAUCAUCUUCACUCUCUGCUUCACCCCCUUCCACAUGCGGCAGGUGCUGCUCUACUUUAACCCUGAGAUGCCGCACCAUACCGUGGCGUACCACGUCACCGUAACCCUAAGCAGCCUCAACAGCUGUCUGGACCCUGUGGUGUACUGCUUUGUUACCAACAACUUCCAAUCCACCAUGAAGGGCUUCUUCCGCAAGGCAGAGGCUGAGCAGACCAGUGGGGACAUUGUCAGCAUGCAAAAGAGCUCCAAGGGAACAGUGACUGCCAUUGCUCACAGCAUGAUGCUGAUGAACUUGGCAACAGCCCAGGAAGAGCAGGUCCCUGCAUAAAGUUAUUAUUGUUUAUUAUACAUGUACAUUGGAGGAUUGAUCUAAUGUUGACAUGUACAUUUUGGAAGGUUCAAGACACCACAUUGAACAUGGAGUGAUUUUGGGGCUGUUUGCAGUAUAUAGGCCUAUGUUGUUAGUUCAUUGUUUUGAGAAAAAUAAUGAGUGCAUAAGUGCAACAACCCAGUGUUUGUGACCAUUUAAUCUAAUGUUUGCUUGAGACCAUACAGAGAACAACUAAUCAUUGAAUCUCCAUGAUGAUCUGGGUGUAUCUAUGUACACUUGACAUUUCCAAAUGUAAAGGCCCCAUAGUGAUGAUCCAAAAAUGAACAUCCAUGUGUGUUGGCACAGAGUGUUUGAUACAGGUAGGCUAACCAAAAUGGGGGGGGGGGACAGUGAAUUAUUCAAUUCUGGACUGUGGUGAACAUCAUUUAGAAUGAACAACCUGCAAAAGAGGGUGCUAACACCGCGGUUCCACAAUAAUGCUAUGCUGGUUCUGUCUGGAUUAGCCUAUGCAGUUACUAUAGAGCAAGAAGUGAGUUUGAACAUUUUGCCAGAAUCAUGGAAUUGACCUUUAUAAUACUGUUGUAACACUGUUUUAUCCAUCUACUUUGGUAUGCUAUUUGUUUUGCUCUUAGUUGAGAUGAUCAUGCCAUCAUCAAAGGGCUGUGAUGCAUCGCCUUGAUGUGUCUUUUUUUGAUCAUGUUCAAAUGAAUGAGGGGCGUCUGUUAGCAUGUCUGUGUCACAUUUAUUAAAUUAUGUGUGCCUGCUGUUCAGUUAGUUUCCUACUCCCCUGGAACAUGCUGACGUGUGCUGGGUGAAUGUAUGAUACUUACACAUGUAUGUCAAAAAAUGUGUACAUAAAGUGUAUAUGAAAAUGCUUGAUGAGAAAAGUAUGUAUAUUGUUGUACAGAUGAAACGGACUACAAACCACAACAGUAACUGGUUUUACACCCCUACACCAUAUCCGACGAUAAACCACAACUGGUUUUACACCCCUAAACCUAUCCACUAAGUUUUGAGUUGGAUGCUCUAUGAUGCCACUGAAACUUUGUCAGAGAACACCAAAUAAACCUUGCUUGUAAGCUGAGUCAGGAGUUUUACUGAGGAAAAUUGUGCAUUCAAAGACCUGGUAAACCAAAAUCUGAGAUUUGUUUGAAAACAUGUGAAAAGAUUGUGAACAGUG